AUGAUGGUUGAGAAGGUGCCCGAUAGCACCUACGACAUGAUCGGCGGUCUAGAUCAGCAAAUCAAGGAAAUCAAGGAAGUUAUCGAGCUCGGUCUCAAGCACCCCGAGCUGUUCGAGUCGCUCGGUAUUGCCCAACCCAAAGGUGUGCUGCUCUACGGCCCUCCGGGCACCGGAAAGACCUUGCUGGCCCGUGCCGUGGCUCACCACACCGAUUGCAAAUUCAUCCGUGUAUCUGGUUCCGAACUAGUGCAGAAGUACAUUGGCGAGGGCAGCCGUAUGGUGCGCGAGUUGUUUGUCAUGGCGCGCGAACAUGCGCCAAGUAUCAUUUUUAUGGACGAGAUCGAUUCCAUCGGGUCGUCCCGCGUCGAAGGCUCAUCAGGUGGCGACUCCGAAGUCCAGCGCACCAUGUUGGAGCUGCUCAACCAGCUCGACGGGUUCGAGCCGACCAAGAACAUCAAGGUCAUCAUGGCUACAAACAGGCUGGACAUUCUAGACCCGGCUCUCCUGCGGCCUGGCCGCAUCGACCGCAAGAUUGAGUUCCCGCCACCGAGCGUCGAAGCCCGCGCCGACAUUCUGCGCAUCCAUAGUCGCAAGAUGAAUUUGACGCGCGGUAUCAACCUGACCAAGAUCGCCGAGAAGAUGAACGGCUGCUCCGGCGCCGAGCUCAAGGGUGUGUGUACCGAGGCCGGCAUGUAUGCCCUGCGGGAGAGGCGCGUGCAUGUGACACAGGAGGACUUUGAGCUUGCUACCGCCAAGAUCUUGAACAAGCACGACGACAAGGAGGUGUCUCUGGCCAAGCUCUGGCGCUAG